AUGAAUCCGUUUCGUGCACGUAUCGGCGCCAAUCAUCGCGGUCACUUGGUUCAGGAUUUGGACUUGGAUCUGAUCAGGUCGUUGGAGCGAUCGGUGGAACGCCGGCGGAUGCGCCGACUACUGCUGGACCGCCAGUUGAACAACUCUCUGUUGCUGUGCGCCGGUGAUGGUAUCUACGUGGGGAGUUGGCAGGAACCCCCAACGCCCACCGGUCAAAUGGGUCAAGGCGAUGGCAAUGUGCAUGGAUAUGACGAAAAUAUUGUUGUGGCACCACCGCCGCCGGCACUACCUCCUCGUACGAUCUAG